AAUAUAAUAGAUAAUCUGUGGAACUGCGUUCAGAAAUGCCAGUACUAGCCCUUUAAAAGUCACAUUUCCGGAAUUUGGAUAGCCAAUCAAAGCGCCUAAUUUUCUGACGACUGCUCGGUUAGUUCUCUCUGGCUGUUUGUUGUUUCGGCGGCGACAUCAAUUUAGGAACCAACAUAAACCAUGGCAGAAGAUCACACGGGCAUGGAUCAGAGCAUGGAGAGUCAUACAGCUAUCGAGGAUACCGAGAGGUCCAACACAGAGAAGAUGUCUAAACAGAAAGUGGAUCUUCAGUCUCUCCCAACACGGGCAUAUCUGGACCAGACUGUGGUGCCAGUCCUUCUACAGGGGCUCUCUGUGUUAGCCAAAGAACGGCCUCAUAAUCCCAUUGAAUUUCUAGCUGCACAUCUCCUCCAGAACAAGUCUCAAUAUGAGGACCGCAUCUAACACCUCUGAAGAAACUACACUGGUCGACUUAUCAUCAGAUACAAGCUGUGUGUUUCAUUUUGCAUCUGAAUUGUAAAGUGUUCUUUUUUUUUUUCUAUACUGUAUGUACCGGCUGGAGUAUACUGAUUUCUUAUUAUUUUCUAUUAUACAUGUUUGUUGAACAAACACUGUUUUUGUUUCUGUAAUUGACUGUACAUGUUAGUGUUACUUCCCCACAUAUACCCAUUAAACAUCCAUGACUGAUAU